ACGUGACAGGUCCGCGAGGCCCCGGCUCUUGCAGACGUCCAGGCCAAGAGGCGAAGAUGGCGGCCGAGAGGGAGCCUCCUCCGCUGGGGGACGUGAAGCCCACAGACUUUGAGGAGCUGGAGGACGGAGAGGACCUGUUCACCAGCACCGUCUCCACCCUUGAGUCAAGUCCAUCAUCUCCCGAACCAGCCAGUCUCCCUGCAGAAGAUAUCAGUGCAAACUCUAAUGGCUCCAAACCUGUAGAAGUUGUCCUAGACGAUGACAGAGAAGAUCUUUUCGCAGAUUAUAAACUCCCUGAGGGCAGGUAUGAUUUUUUUUUCCAUUUCUUUGUGUUUCUUCUGCAUUUAGCACAGUAUUACAUAGUAUGUAGACAUUCAGUUUAUUGAUGUGGUUUGAUCUUAAAUAUAUUUAAUUUUAGAUAUUUCAAGUGAAUGAGCAUUUAAAAUUAAAAUCUAAACAUCCCUUUGCUUUGUGUCAUAUUUGUAUAUUCAACUAAUAUCCAGUAAUCUUUGGCAAUUAAUUGCUUUAGAUUACUAACUUGGUGGGUUUUCCAUAACAGGUUUUUAAUCCCAAUUGGAAUAGAUAAAGGUAGUCUGCUGCCAUAAAAUCUGCUUUUAUAUGUAUGAAAUAAUUAUAUUAGUUUGAAUAAGUUAUAUGAAAGGUAAGUUACCACAUGUACAUUGUAUUACCAAUCCAAACACGAAUGAAUGUGGAAUUAUUCACAUCAUUGCUUUUCUCCUAGUAUAGAUAGUUAAAUGGACUUAAUACAGUUCUUCAUAAAAUCAACACAGUUCCUGUUUGCUGUAAAGUUUUCAUAAACAACUAAAUAAUUAGUGACAUAAAGUCACUCUGUAGUGAUAACUUAGAAGUCAUAGUCCUUUUGAGACUUGUAGGUAUGUCUUUCGUGUUUCUCGAAUUGCCAUAUGCUGUGAUUUCCUUGAUUUCCUUGUUUAAUUCACGUCUAGAAGCCACAGAAGAGGUGUCCUUGGACAGUCCCGAAAGAGAGCUCAUCCUGUCCUCCGAGCCGUCUCCUGCGGUCACCCCUGUCACUCCCACCACACUCAUUGCUCCUAGAAUCGAAUCAAAGAGUAUCUCUGCUCCAGUCAUCUUUGACAGAUCCAGGGACGAGAUUGAAGAAGAAGCAAAUGGAGAUAUUUUUGAUAUAGAAAUUGGUGUGUCAGAUCCGGAAAAAGUUGGUGAUGGCAUGAAUGCUUACAUGGCAUAUAGAGUAACAACAAAGACUUCUCUUUCCAUGUUCAGUAAGAGUGAAUUUUCAGUCAAAAGAAGAUUCAGUGACUUUCUUGGUUUGCAUAGCAAAUUAGCAAGCAAAUAUUUACAUGUUGGUUACAUCGUGCCACCCGCUCCAGAAAAGAGUAUAGUAGGUAUGACCAAGGUCAAAGUAGGUAAAGAAGAUUCAUCAUCCACUGAGUUUGUAGAAAAACGAAGAGCGGCACUGGAGAGGUAUCUUCAGAGAACAGUAAAGCAUCCGACAUUGCUUCAGGAUCCUGACUUAAGGCAGUUUUUGGAAAGCUCAGAGCUGCCGAGAGCAGUUAAUACGCAGGCUCUGAGUGGAGCAGGAAUAUUGAGGAUGGUGAACAAGGCUGCCGACGCUGUCAACAAAAUGACAAUCAAGAUGAAUGAAUCGGAUGCAUGGUUUGAAGAAAAGCAACAGCAAUUUGAGAAUCUUGACCAGCAACUUCGGAAACUUCAUGCCAGUGUUGAAGCCUUGGUCUGUCAUAGAAAAGAACUUUCAGCCAACACAGCCGCCUUUGCUAAGAGUGCUGCCAUGCUAGGUAAUUCUGAGGACCACACUGCGCUCUCUAGAGCUUUGUCUCAGCUGGCAGAGGUUGAGGAGAAGAUAGACCAGUUACAUCAAGAGCAAGCUUUUGCUGACUUUUACAUGUUCUCAGAACUUCUUAGUGACUACAUUCGUCUCAUUGCUGCAGUGAAAGGUGUGUUUGACCAUCGGAUGAAGUGCUGGCAGAAAUGGGAAGAUGCUCAAAUUACCUUGCUCAAAAAACGUGAAACUGAGGCAAAAAUGAUGGUUGCUAACAAGCCAGAUAAAAUUCAACAAGCUAAAAACGAGAUAAGAGAGGAAAUUGAAGAGUGGGAGGCGAAAGUACAACAAGGAGAGAGAGAUUUUGAGCAGAUCUCUAAAACAAUUCGAAAAGAAGUGGGAAGAUUUGAGAAAGAACGAGUGAAAGAUUUUAAAGCUGUUAUCAUCAAGUACUUGGAGUCAUUAGUACAAACACAGCAACAGCUGAUAAAGUACUGGGAGGCAUUCCUACCUGAAGCCAAAGCCAUUGCCUAGCCUUACCCCUGUGAAGGAGACAUUGGAUUCCCCAGUGAGAUCAUCUAGAAACCAUCUAAAUAAACCACUCUAUAUUUUAUGAAUUACAUGUGGGUUUUUUAUAUAUAAAAACAUAUGCGCUGACAUUUUAUUACAAGCUGCAUGUCCUGACCUUCUUUGAAUUAAGUGGACUGUGGCAUGACAUUCUGCAAUAUUUUGCUGAAUUGAACACUAUUGUGUCUUAAAUACUUGCACUAAAAAAGUGCACUGCAAGGCCAGAAAAUUUUACAAUCUUCUUUCUUUUAUGUUCUGUAGUGUGUUUACCCUCAUUAUGAAGCAAAUUAGCAAUGCAUUGAUUAAUGUUCACUUAUACAUUCCUGUACAGAAAUUAUGAUUUUUGUGAUUAUAGUAAUAAAAUGAUAUUACUUGUGAAA